UAUGCAGCCAGUGCGUUUCGCAGUGCGACUGUUGCUAACAGGAUAUCCCGGAGCCGAAUCCUAAAUAAAUAUUAUUAAUAAUUUAUUAAUAUACGGUUAAAUCAUAUACAUCGGCUUAAUAUUAAAGUCACAAAAACCUGAAACUUAACAAGAAUGAACCGAAAUGAUAAUUUUGCUGGAGAGUUUUCAAAAAAUGAAGAGACUUUUCUAUUUACAUCAGAAUCUGUUGGCGAGGGCCACCCGGGUAAUAAAAAACAGUCUUUAAAUGAGUUUAUUGACUUAAACUUACACUUACUUACAGCCUUAAUACUAAUACCGUCCUCUUUUAAGUUGUUACGUCUUAAUAUUCUUAUAUCUUACUAUUACAUAAUUAGCAUUUUACACAGCCUAUACUAUUAAACAAAACUAAUAUUAAUAUGGGAAGCGUUAUACGCAGUCGACUGCGUAUAACUCUCAGGGUUAUAUGCAGUCAGCUGGGAAUGUUGCCAAAUAAGGUUUAUUACUGCUAGUGUGGCAAUUUAAAAAAAAAGUAUUAUGCGUAAUUAGCUGCAUUAUGGAUUGUUUUGAACUAGAACUUUUAAUGUGUUUAACAUAAUUAAUUUUAAUUAUUAUUGAAUGAUAGUAAAAGUAUUAGGAUUAGUAUAGUAUUAGUGCUAUUAUUAGUAUUUUGCUUGUAUCGUAUAUAUUAUAUUAUACAUUUAUAAGUCAAAGUCUACAUUUCUUAGAGUCUAAGCCUAAGAAGAUGAUUUUUCUAAACGAAAUGAUUAUUCACAGAGCUGUGCGGCGGAUAAAAGUCUAAGUCUAGAUCUAGUUCUGUAUUCUGAUUGAUUAGGUUUUUAUAUGUUGCUAUGAAUGACUAUAUGUGGUUGGUUUUACUGAAUAAUUCAGGAAAUACAUUCUAUUUAUUUUUUUAAAAAUUAUAUCAUUUAUUAUUUUUUUAAAAUUUUUUUUUUUGGUGACCUAAAUGUACCUAACAGUUUUCAGCUUCCAUGCAAUACUAUAACUGCGUGAAAGUAUUGCUUAAAGUGCCCCCUCUACAGAGCCCCCUGCCCUUACAGCUAUUUUUUACUGCUACUCUCCACCCUUGACUAUAUUUAUUACUGUACCAGAGAAACAUGAUUCUAUCUGCCUCAAAAUUAGUUAACACAAAAUAUAUGUUAACAACACAAACAUAUAUUUGAUAAUUAUAAGAAUAACAUUAUUAACAUUACAAUGGUCAAGUUAAUAAUUAAGUCUUAUCAUGUUCUAACAUUUUUUAGCCAAAACAAAAGUAAAACAAUAAGCCUAGCUGUUUUUGCUUCAUUCUCAAGCGUAACAACUGACAAGUAUUCAUUGCAUGCCUGAGCCUGAGGCUGGAAUUCAACUCAUGACCACUAACAUGUGGUUUGCUCAGUUUAUACCAUUCGCCCAUCCAGUCACCCCGAUAAUGAUGCACCUUUAUCGAUCGAUACUGUAACACAAGAAGAAUAUAGCCCUCACGUGACUUGCCGACUGCGUAUAACUCCCAGGGUUAUACGCAGUCGGCUGCGCAUAACCACCUCGUAUUAAUAUUAUAAAACUUUCAUAAUCUGGCCUUUUAAAAUAAAAUGAUGAAUGUCUAGACUCCUGACAUGAAUAUGAUUGGAAGGUUCACCACUAGCCUCAUCAUCAAUGAAUUCAAUGUUUUUUUUUUUUAAGCCUUUAACUUAAGUUUAGGUCUGCCAAUGACCAGUGUAAGAGAAGCUGUUAAUUACUUUAAGCAUUUGGCCAUUGUUUUGGAUGUUGAUGUAAGUUUUUGCUUGGUUUGUUAAUGAUAAUAUUUGAUAAUGGUAAGACCAAAGUUUGUGCAAGCAUCCAAGGCCAAGGCAAAGAACAGCUGCUGCAAAGCACAAAUGUCAAAAGAUAGGCCAUAUUUAGAGUUACCUCUGUACCUGGAGUUGUUCUAUCCAUCCCCUGCAACUUUUUCUCAAGAACAUUUUGUGCCAGAAUUGGCCUGAUCAGCCAUCUAUGCACCCAUGCCCAUAGAGUAGACAGAUACAUCCCCAUAAUCAAUCUGAUGUUUAAAAUGGUCAUGAUAGAUUUUCAACGGAUGAACUUACAUGUGAAUGAUAAUAGUGUACUAGUCCUAAAAUUAAAACAAUACAUUAAAACUAUUUUACUUAUGUAAGUAACCUUAUGAAAUGAAACUCAAUGCAACUUGCAUAUUUAAAAAUUAUAAUAAGUUGACAGCAGUGGCUCACUAGGUGUCACUGUCACCCAGUAUGGUAAACUCAUGUCAACCCCCCCCCCCCCAUGACUUCUGAUGGACUUUUUGCCAAAGCAGCCUACACUGACAAAUCCUGCUCUGAUGAGACUGGUGGCAGCCUGCUGUUUGUCUGGGACUGGUGAUACCCUGCUGUCUGGUGACACCCUUUUAUCCUGGCACUCUUCUCUUUAUAGUGAAAUAUUUUAUAGCCUUUAUAAAUGUUUAAUUUGUGCAUGAUCAAUUUUAUCCUAGAUAAAAUAUGUGAUCAAGUUAGUGAUGCUGUCCUAGAUGCAAUUUUGGAAAAAGAUCCACAUGCUCGUGUCUCAUGUCAAUGUGCUGCCAAAACUGGAAUGAUAUUUGUCUGUGGUGACAUUGUAUCAAAGGCGCAUAUAGAUUACCAGAAAGUAGUCAGAAAAACUAUCAAAGAUAUAGGCUAUGAUUCCAGUUCCAAAGGUAUUUCUUUUUUCCAUUGUGCAGUCAUUUUAUUUUGAAAGGGGAGUUAAGAAUGGUUUCAGAAUAUUUUAGGCCCUUUAUUUUCUGUAGGGCAGAAGAGAAACUGAAUUAAUAAGUUUUAAGAACAAAGCCAAACAAAAGCAGUGGACACACAGAUGCACCUGCUUACUAUUUUAUAAAAAUCUGUUAUGCCAUUGCUUUUCCAUAGGGAAGUCUUCACUGAAGACAAAGUAGCCUAAUUUGGAAAAAUAACUAAACAAAAGUAAUUUGGGGAUAUGGAGGGUUAACUGUAAAUAUGCUUUCAAUUGAUAAUGUUAUCUAAGGUAUUUAAAUUCUUAUGAAAACUUAUUCUGAGUUUGUGAUAUUUGAAGAUUUUUUUAAAGGAUAUUUAGAGGGUAUUUUAAUUUAAUUUUGGGAUGUUGCUUCUGUUGUGAUCAUUCACUGGCACAUUAACAUUUUAUGCUUAACUGUAAUUAAAAAAUAUUUGUCAUAUUUCCCAGGUUUUGAUUUCAAAACAUGUAAUGUACUUCUGGCUGUAGAGGAGCCUGAUUCUGAUGAAUUUUCCAACCAUUCCUAUUAUGAACCAGAUAGUGUACAGAAUGAAAAUGAUCCAGCCGGAGACCAGGUUCUUUUUUUUUCCAUGUGUUUGUUAUAACAAGCUUACAACCUUUUGCUUUCUAAAUGAAUCAGUAUUUUAUCUACUUCAUGUAGUCCUUGUAGAAAGACAUGACAGUACAACAAUAAUCAAUUAGUAUAAUUAUUGGGAACUUAACUUUGUAUCUUAAUUGUAACUAACUCUUAUAUUUAAAAAAAAUAAAAUGGUUGUUCUGAACAGGGCCUGAUGUUUGGCUAUGCCACAGAUGAGACUGAAGAAAGUAUGCCUCUUACAAUUUUAUUGUCGCAUAAACUCAAUGACAAAAUGUCUAAACUACGUAGAAGUGGUCAACUACCAUGGGCAAGGCCUGACUCAAAGACACAGGUUUUUCUAUUCUUGUAGUUGACAUUUUAAUCUAUUGAAAAUGGCAGGAUAACAUAGAUGCCUAAUUUAAUUAAUAUUUAUUCAAAUGCAGAAAAUUAAACUAUCAUAUUUAUUGUAUCUUGAUGAGAAAAGAAGGCUGGGGUAGCCAUAGAUUAAUGUUUUUGAAAAUAAAUAGUAAGUACAAGGACACCAUUGUUUAUAAAUUAAUAUUGUAAAAAAGGUUGCAGCUGUUUUUGAUUCAUUAAAUUACAUAACUUCUGUUUUUCAUUAAUCUGUCACAUAUCCAAUCUGAAAUUUUGAGACAUUUUUUCCGGCCACAAGUAACUGUGAAGUUGAUUGGACAUUUUGUCUGAAUGUUAAUGGAAAAAAAUUAUUUUAAAAUACCAUUACAUUAAUGAAAUGACUUGAUAUUAUAGUAAUAGCAAUAAAUAUAAAUAUGUUGAAUGACUUUUAUGGUAAAAUCCAACUUCAUUGAUUAAAUAAAACAAGAAAAAAUGUAACAAAAUAAUUGGCAAAUAAUUUUUAGGAAAUGCUGGCACAUAUUUCUAUUUUCAUUAUUGCAGGUUACUGUUGAGUACAAGAUUGAAAAAGGGGCCACUGUUCCCACACGUGUGCACACUGUGGUCAUUUCAAUCCAACAUGAUGAGCAUGUCACUAUGGAGCAGCUGAGACAAGAUUUGAUUGAAAUGGUUAUUAAGCCAGUCAUACCAAGCAAAUAUCUGGAUAAUGAUACAAUAUAUCAUUUGCAGCCCUCUGGUCGUUUUAUCAUUGGAGGCCCACAGGUAGGAGGUAUAGAUUUGCAAAUGAGUGAUUCUCAAAAUUUUUGCACAGGGGUGCAACAUUUGAGCUGAAAAUUUGCUUGUGCCACAUCAUAAUAUAAAAAUUCACUGACAGAAGCCAAUAUUGGGCUAUAAAGGGUUCCAUGACAUGACGCCAAUCUGUGUUAAACCAUUUGUUUGUCAUCUAAAUUUCCCUGUUAAAUAAUUGCUAAAGCAGAUCAUAAAUUUUUAGUGGAACCAAUUAAAUGAAUUUUAUCCCUUUGGAAUCUCAAUCCUUUAUAUUAAGUUCUGAAACAAAGUUUGAUACAUAUCGUGUCUCUAGUAUUUUUUAUGCAACAUUAAAACUGUGAUGGUUAAAUUCUUGAAAUUAAAUCUGAAAUAAGCUAGCACCAAUACAUACACUGUGUUUCAUUUUUAAUUAUUUGUUGAAAUAGAUGAGCAUAGAUAAGCAACAAAUUAUGCACUAGGGUUCAGAUUUAUAUGUCUACUCUCCUUCCCCGACACCUAUUUAAUUUUGGCAACAGAUAACUGUGAAAUAAAUUAUCAGACAUGAAUCAUUGUGAUAUCAGUAUGCAAUAUAUCAGUAUUGAUAUUGUUUUCAUUAGCAAUCUGCUGGAAGCCAUUCUACUCAAAUAUUAUACAUAGCUUUUUCUUUUGCCUAUUAUUGUUAAUCCAACACCUAAGUGACAAUGUCUACCUCAUCUCAUUACCUUAGAGAUAAUCUCCACUGUAACUUAUAAAUAUACAUAGUACACAUAAAUAUGUUUGUAUACGGGCCUGUUACAAAACUACUAUGAUGUUGUAAUUAAUGUUAUGUUCUGACCCAAUUAUUACAAGUAUUGGGUUUGAAAUGUUUAAUGUUUGUAUUAACAAACAAAGGUCCCUUUCCUCUACGUUAGAUUAGUACUGCUAUUAUGGCUAUGUCUAGGGUAUGAUUAAUUUUCUGAUGAAGUAUUCUACACUAAUCCUACUUCACACUCACUCUAUCAUUCAAUGAACUCUCACUAGCUCUCACUUCCAAGUCUAUUAAUACUUAAACUAUACUAAUGACACAAGAGUGGUUCAGCCCACAAAUAAAUAUUUAAUUAUAUAAAAAAUAGAACUAUCAGCAUACACAUUACAUAAUAUACUAUACACAAACAGGAUAACAAGAUACUGCCCAAUAUUAUUGCAUAGUAGGCUCUCAAUGGCGAUCUGGUCAAAUAAGUAAGUCCCACACACACACACACACCACAGCAGCCCUCUGCUCGGGUCACAAUGUACUGCGGGGUUGGGCGGCUUGACUGCGUAAGUGUCUCCGGUCACUGGCACGGCGAGGAGGUAGGUGCCGACUUUGAACUGUACUGUGGGUUACACACACACAGUAUAUGCUACCGUCUUGUUUGAUUUCUUUGGAUUCACUUCUGCUAAUAACUGCGACUCCUUUACUGAACUGUACUAGCUUUAGUUCCAGAUAGUAUUUAUUGAACUAGUACACCUCUGACCAAAUGUUAUUUACUUUACAAAUACUUUCUGGUCAAAUAUUCUUUAAUGGCCAAAUGUUACAUACUGUAACUUAUUUCAUGUAAUUUCUUCACUUUACUUUACUUCAGUUUACUUCACUUUACGUAACUUCAGUUUACUUCACUUUACGUAACUAUACUUUACUUUUACUUAACUUCAGUUUACUUAACUGUACUUUACUUAACUUUACUUUUACUUAACUUUUAAUUAACUUUACUUAACUGGCUAGAAAUGAGAAUAAUAAAUACAAUGCAUAAGACAUAACUAAGAAUUACAAAUCACAUCACAUUAUAAAUUAUUAAUAGUUAUCAUAUUCAAACAUUAACAAUAGUCACUAUAGUCCUAACAUUUUCUUAAUAACAUUACAUCUACGACUCUACAUACCAGUACAUAUGAAUAUGAAAUAGAACAAUACUAACCUAACACAAUCGGAUAAACACACUUUAUCAGCUAAUUAUGCCAGCCAGGCUCUUCUGACAUAAUUCAGGUAAGAGAGGCCGAUACAUGAUUUGGGCUUUCAAUAUAUACUCUAAGUUUGGCGUGCUUGUCCCGCAUUUAAGCGUGGCAUCCCAGAGUCGUGUUUAAAUGACUCACAAGCGUGGCUUCGGAUUCCGAGUUAGUUUUUUUAAGCGUUGGUCAUCAGAGUGACAACUCAGAGUUGGGACGCUUGAUAAGAAUGAGUGUAUUGCUUAAACUGGGUCAUGGCCAAAGUGAAUAAGUUAAUUUCCAUUGUUAUUUGAGUCUACUUGUAAUAUUUUAAGGCCCAGCCUAAUUGUGUCAUAUCGCGUGGGGUAGCGAUGAACACGUGGGGAAGCGAUGGAGAGAGUGGAGCCAGCGGGUCUCACAAAGGUGAGGACCAGCGGGUCUCAACACUCCCCCCCUCUUCGCUUUGGGACAAUACGCCGUAUUGGCACACACUACAUAAUCAGAACAUUCUUUAAUAACUUGAAAUUAUACAUUUUAAAUUGAACAAUGUAAUGAAUAUUUAUAGCAAAACUACAUUAAUGGCAUAAAAAUCUCACAAUUGCAAGUACACGUUGACAUGGAAUCAAUAAUUACAAAAAUGUCAUAAUAAUAAUUGCAUUAAAACUACAUGAUGAACCUGAGAAGAAAUAGAAAUUUAAAUGGAAAAUUAGUUAUACAGAUAUCAAUGAUCAUGACUAUUCCCCAACCCGUGAUAGAAAAUCAGCUACAACAUUGUCUUGUCCCUUAAUAUAAUCUAUGUCAAAAACAAAUUCCUGCAAUGCUAAUGCCCAUCUGCAAAUUCUUGGGUUAGCAAAAUUUGAUGUUUUUAAAUAGCUCAGACAUUUAUGGUCGCAUUGAAGCGUAAACUUAGCACCUAAGAGAUAACGAGCUAACUUUCUUACAGCCCAUACAAUAGCCAAACAUUCUCUUUCAAUGGUAGAGUAUCUGGUUUCACGGUCCAGCAGUUUACGACUGAUAUAUUUGACAGGAUGAUAAAUUCCUUGUCUCUCUUGCAUAAGGCAUGCCCCUAAUCCUUUUGUUGACGCGUCAGUACUAACAACAAAUGGCAACUUUGUGUUAGGCAACACAAGAAUUGGGUUUUUAGACAGAAGUGCUUGAAUAGUUUUCAAUGCCUUAUCACACUCAUCAGUCCACACUACCUUAUUGGACUUACCUUUUUUAGUUAGGUCAGUGAGCGGUGCAGUUAAGGACGCGAACCCUGGAAUAAAUUUACUGUAGUAAGAGGCUAGUCCCACUAAGCUUCUGACCUGUUUCUUUGUUUUGGGCUGUUGCAGCCUGAGGAUCUUAUCAAUGUUAUCGGGAUCUGGUUGUAACGAACCUUCCCCUACCAUGUGUCCUAAAAAUUUGAUGUUGAAGAACCCUAGUUCUAACUUAGAUGGUUUGACUGUAAACCCUGCUUCUUUUAAACGCAAAAAUACCUCCCUUAGCUCUUUUAUGUGUUCCUCCCAACUGCUGGAGAAAACACAAAUAUCAUCAAAGUAAGUGAUUACUUGAUGCAGACCCUUAAACAAUUUCCUAACUAUUUUAUUAAAUGUGAGAGGAGCUGUAGCAAGACCAAAUGGCAUGUAUUUAAAUUGAUACAGACCUGAAGGAACCCUAAAAGCCGUCAAUUCUCUACUCUUUUGGUCUAACGGUAUUUGCCAAUAUCCUUUCGUUAAAUCUAACUUUGUAAAAUACUUCCCCUUAUGUAAUUUUGACAUCAAUUCUUCUUGAUCGGGAACAACCUCAGCUACGAACUUAGUGACUGCAUUUAGCUUCCUAUAGUCUACACAAGUUCUGAUUGUGCCAUCUUUCUUUUUAACUAACACUACAGGUGAAGCGUAAGGUGAAUUUGAUUCUUCUAUAAUGUCUAAUUUUAACAUUAACUCUAUUUCUUUAGCUAAAAUAUCUUGAAGAUUGUAUGGGAUGGCAUAAGGCCUUAGAGUAAUAGGUUUAUCUGAGGUUAGUUCUAUGCUAUGAUGGCCUAUAUUAGUCUUACCCGGGCUAUCUGAUAUUACUGAUUCAAAUUCUUGAAGUAAACAUUUGAGCUGUUCCCUCUGACAAUCCGUUAAUUCAGGAUUAAAACAAAUGUGGUUAUCUGUUAUUGGGCUGGAACCCAGCGUUGGCACACUACCUAGUUCUUCUGAAAUAUCUUCAUUGUCAUCAUAGUCAUCCGUCUCAUUAAUGACUGAUGCUAAUGACCCGCUCAAAAUAUGGUUUUGAGUUUCAGGUGCUUGAUUAUUGGGUGGUGAAAUAUUUUCCCUAUUAUGAAAUUUGCAUACUCUAUUGACAUGAUAAGUUUUAACUGUAUUCCCUUUCCUAACUCUAACAUUAAAUUUUGAUAUCUUUUUCUCCACUAUAAAUGGACCUUCCCAUUGGAGCAUCAACUUAUUGCCCUUUUUUGGUUUUAAAAUCAAAACAUGGUCACCGUCCCUAAUGUCUUUCUCUUUGGCAUUUCUAUCAUAGUACUUCUUGGCACUAGUUUUCUUAAUUUGGGAAUGUGUCAAUGCUGAUUCUGUCGCUACCUGUAAUCUGUUUUUAAGAUCUAUUAAAUACUCAUAAACUGGUUUCUGAUCAUCAUCGACCGAUUUAUCCGUAAAAAGUUGUUUCAAUAUGGCCAUGGGGCCACGUACUUUUCUACCAAAAACAAGCUCAUAAGGAGAUAUACCGGUCGUUUCAUUGGGAAUCUCUCUAUAAGCAAAUAGUGCAGCGGAUAUGAAUCUAUCCCAAUUCUGAGGUUCAUUUUCUGCUAACUUCCUUAAAAUAGUUUUUAUGGUCCCAUUAAAUCUCUCAACCAUGCCGUUUGACUGAGGGUGGUAUAUUGAGGAUUUUGUCGGACGAAUGUUAAAAAAUUGACAUACCUGGUGAUACAUUUCAGAACGGAAUUGUGGACCGUUAUCUGACAGUAUAGUGUGAGGGAAACCUACUCUACAAAAAAUUGCGAACAGUCCUUCCUGAAUGUCCUCUGUCGUUAUGUUUUUCAACGCUAUUGCCUCUGGCCAUCGCGUGGCGGUGUCAACUAAUGUCAAAAUAUACCUAUUUUUCCUAUCUGUCAUCUGUAGUGGACCUAUGAUAUCUAUAGCUACUUUAGUGAAUGGAGUACCUACAAUGUCUGUGGUUCCUAAUUCUAUUUUUCUAACUGUCCCUGGUGGUCUAGCUUUUUGGCAUGUAGGACAAGAUCUAACAAAGGCUUUAAUAUCUUUGUCUACGUGAGGCCAAAAAAAUUCUGAAUAUACUCUAUCUCUAGUUCUACGAAGGGACAUAUGUCCUGCUAAUGGAGUGGAAUGGGCUGCUUCUAAUACUAAAUGCCUUUUUGAUUUAGGGACUACUAAUUUACAGUUUGUUCUAGAUUGGUCUGAAUGAUAUGUAAAUACCCUGUACAAGAGCCCAUCGGUCUCUUGAAACGAAAUAGACCCUGACUUUGUAAUUUCUUGUGUAUUUGAUUUCGCCUUUUCCCAGAGGUGAUUUAAUUCUGGAUCCGCUAACUGUUCCUUUCUGAAAUUGCAACUAUCAAUAGCUACUGUAUAGUUCGGUGGGGUCAGAGACUGUGUUUGUUUACUUUGCCUAGACGCUGCACGCGUUACGGCGGCUGCCUGUAGAAAAGGCUGGCAAGCUUGACCUACGUUCCCUAUUAUUAAGUCGGCGACUGGGUCAUCAAACAGCGCCGCUAAGAAUUCGCCUGUAAUGUAUGGCGUGUUUAUAUGGAUAUAACCAGUCGAAAAACGUCGGACUGUCCCAUCUAUCAAUUUCAAAGCAAAUUUCUCUCGUGACCAUCUAUUUUUUGGCACUAAAGACUUUCUACAUCCUAUAAUGCUACAGCCUGUGUCCCUAAGUACUGUUACCUUCUUCCCCAUUAACAAUCCUUCUUCAAACGUUAGUCUACCUAGCGAGUUUUUCCGGAGUUGCCUAUUCCCUUCUAAACUAUUGAAUGUCUCUAAUCGACAUGGGACGGGGAAUUCUGCAUUGUCUACACUGACUUUACACGCAUUACAGUGUUCAACGCAUUCACUGUUGAUCCUAUUCAGUCAUAUCUGUCGAGACUGUCUCUGCCUAUCUCUACCUCUAUUAAAUUUGUCAUACUGUCUACCCGGGACCCCUCUGUUGGUUUGUCCAUACCUGUCCCCUCCGGCAUUACGGAAUGUAGGGUUGUUCACUGGAAUGGACUGUCUAAAAUUUCUAACGUCCUCAAUUGCCUUAGACUUAAGCGUGGGACACGCAUUGGCAAGAUGACCUGAUUUGUGGCACGCGUAGCAUACGACGUCAUCGUAAUGCCGCGGUACUGACCUAGUUCUCUGUCUAUUGUACGACUGGGGGAAAUUUGCGGCCGCACCAUCCACUACGGGGAAUGUCCUAUUACUAAAUUGUUUUGCCACUUUACUAUCAUUUAUAGAUUUGAGCAUAUCUAUGUGGGUCAAAAUUUCUGUGCAGUUCUUAGGUUCUUUAAGUAAAAUAGUUUUGAGCGAGUUGUUGUUAACAUUUAAUAGCAGUUUGUUUAAGCAAAGGAGAUCCUUGAGACCUUCAAAUGUUUUUGGGGUGUCAGUAGUGUCUAACCAGUUGUCUAAGGUUCUUAUCAAGUUUGAAUGAAAUGUACGGAAAUCAUCCUGCAGUGGAGCUAAAGUGUUCCAUUUAAUCCUAUAUGUCUCGUUGUUGUAACCCGCUUGUCUUAGGAGUAAUGUCCUGAUCAGGUCAUAGUCAGUUCGUUUGCUGAGUAUAUCCUGUGUGGUCAUAAAUUGUCUCAGUUUGGGGGAUAACUUAGUAUGGAGAUGGUCUGUCCACUGAGAUUUAGGUAUGUUACAACGCUCAGCUGUUAAUUCGAAAGACAACAGAUAGCUAUCUAAGUCUUCUGUGUCAUGGUAAUUGGGUAAAUUCCUAUCCAAUCUGUCUCUAAAAUUCGACCUAGGAGAGUCUGUGUCAGCUUUAUUGUCAACCCUAAUGCCAGUCUGUGCUAAGGCGAGUUGGUGCUGUCGCUCUCUCUCCUUUUCUUCUGCUUCUAACUCUAAUUUCCUCAUUUCAAAGUUUCUUAGUGCUAUUUCUUUCUCAUCCUGACGUAUUUUUUCUGCCCUUUCCCUUUCUCUAUCUUCUUGUUUUGCCUUUUCCUCUUUCACGUAAUGCCCUAUAUCUUUCCCUGUUAGCCCCAUUUCGGUAGCUUCAUCUUUCAGUUCCUGGAUCGACUUCAUUGUCGCUAUAAUUAGGCAAACUGACUAUACGGUUUUAAUAAACCCGGUAUGUCUACACAGCAAAUAUGCAAAAAAAUAAAAUAAAGCUAUGACAAUAUACGUAUACGAGACAACUCAAAACGCAAGACUUGACAAAACAAUAACACUUUCCCUUGACAAUUCCCUACAAACACGAUGAGACAAGACAAGGGCUGAAAAAAAAUGUUUUGUUAACAAGAAACACAAAGACAAGAGAAGAUAGUAGACGCCACGUAACUUAACACCCCCUGAAACAAAACUGACACCACGACUAACACUUAGCAAGAACUAUAUAGAGUAAAAUCCCCAGCGAACUUUAUCGCUCUUACGGGUAAACGAAUUUUACCUAUAUAUAUCUAUAGACCCUAAUAGAAAUGGGAGCAUUUAAACUAACUCUUCAAUAAGGAAAAGAUACUGAAAAUGCUACGACCCUCCUUGGAGAUAACAAAGAACAAAUAAACGAGUAAUCAAUUUAACCAACUGGUUGUGGUGGACUGUAAGCGGAUAAAGAUAAAAACUUAAAAUUCAAACCUUCCGCCGAACACGCCCACAAUCAAAUGACGCCUGUCACACAGCCUGUGAUGCCACCUCAAUUAGCAGGAAGACACAACGUUGACCUAGAUUCCUGACCCAAAAGGCCCUAUUGUGUAGCGUCGAAGCGUAUUAGUGUACUACUGGUAAGUUGUAGCAGGACCGUGAGACUUCUCUCUACGAUGUGUAACAAGGAAUAUGGGGAGAGAAUGUUUACACAAUGAACGAUAACUGUUAGUUAAUAACAAUACUCUCUCAUUUGACUAAAACCAUUUGCACAUAAAAGUUAAAGUAACAAUAAAGUGAAAAAAUGCAAACUAACUUAAAGCAAUAUCUUUAAAAUACAAUCUAAUCAAAAUAAUAUAGAUCGUUAAAUUCAAUAUGAUCAAAUCACCCUUGUACUAAUCUACGUAUUUGUUUAGACGAGCCCCCAAUUGUUACAAAACUUUGUUACAAAACUACUAUGAUGUUGUAAUUAAUGUUAUGUUCUGACCCAAUUAUUACAAGUAUUGGGUUUGAAAUGUUUAAUGUUUGUAUUAACAAACAAAGGUCCCUUUCCUCUACGUUAGAUUAGUACUGCUAUUAUGGCUAUGUCUAGGGUAUGAUUAAUUUUCUGAUGAAGUAUUCUACACUAAUCCUACUUCACACUCACUCUAUCAUUCAAUGAACUCUCACUAGCUCUCACUUCCAAGUCUAUUAAUACUUAAACUAUACUAAUGACACAAGAGUGGUUCAGCCCACAAAUAAAUAUUUAAUUAUAUAAAAAAUAGAACUAUCAGCAUACACAUUACAUAAUAUACUAUACACAAACAGGAUAACAAGAUACUGCCCAAUAUUAUUGCAUAGUAGGCUCUCAAUGGCGAUCUGGUCAAAUAAGUAAGUCCCACACACACACACACACCACAGCAGCCCUCUGCUCGGGUCACAAUGUACUGCGGGGUUGGGCGGCUUGACUGCGUAAGUGUCUCCGGUCACUGGCACGGCGAGGAGGUAGGUGCCGACUUUGAACUGUACUGUGGGUUACACACACACAGUAUAUGCUACCGUCUUGUUUGAUUUCUUUGGAUUCACUUCUGCUAAUAACUGCGACUCCUUUACUGAACUGUACUAGCUUUAGUUCCAGAUAGUAUUUAUUGAACUAGUACACCUCUGACCAAAUGUUAUUUACUUUACAAAUACUUUCUGGUCAAAUAUUCUUUAAUGGCCAAAUGUUACAUACUGUAACUUAUUUCAUGUAAUUUCUUCACUUUACUUUACUUCAGUUUACUUCACUUUACGUAACUUCAGUUUACUUCACUUUACGUAACUAUACUUUACUUUUACUUAACUUCAGUUUACUUAACUGUACUUUACUUAACUUUACUUUUACUUAACUUUUAAUUAACUUUACUUAACUGGCUAGAAAUGAGAAUAAUAAAUACAAUGCAUAAGACAUAACUAAGAAUUACAAAUCACAUCACAUUAUAAAUUAUUAAUAGUUAUCAUAUUCAAACAUUAACAAUAGUCACUAUAGUCCUAACAUUUUCUUAAUAACAUUACAUCUACGACUCUACAUACCAGUACAUAUGAAUAUGAAAUAGAACAAUACUAACCUAACACAAUCGGAUAAACACACUUUAUCAGCUAAUUAUGCCAGCCAGGCUCUUCUGACAUAAUUCAGGUAAGAGAGGCCGAUACAUGAUUUGGGCUUUCAAUAUAUACUCUAAGUUUGGCGUGCUUGUCCCGCAUUUAAGCGUGGCAUCCCAGAGUCGUGUUUAAAUGACUCACAAGCGUGGCUUCGGAUUCCGAGUUAGUUUUUUUAAGCGUUGGUCAUCAGAGUGACAACUCAGAGUUGGGACGCUUGAUAAGAAUGAGUGUAUUGCUUAAACUGGGUCAUGGCCAAAGUGAAUAAGUUAAUUUCCAUUGUUAUUUGAGUCUACUUGUAAUAUUUUAAGGCCCAGCCUAAUUGUGUCAUAUCGCGUGGGGUAGCGAUGAACACGUGGGGAAGCGAUGGAGAGAGUGGAGCCAGCGGGUCUCACAAAGGUGAGGACCAGCGGGUCUCAACACUCCCCCCCUCUUCGCUUUGGGACAAUACGCCGUAUUGGCACACACUACAUAAUCAGAACAUUCUUUAAUAACUUGAAAUUAUACAUUUUAAAUUGAACAAUGUAAUGAAUAUUUAUAGCAAAACUACAUUAAUGGCAUAAAAAUCUCACAAUUGCAAGUACACGUUGACAUGGAAUCAAUAAUUACAAAAAUGUCAUAAUAAUAAUUGCAUUAAAACUACAUGAUGAACCUGAGAAGAAAUAGAAAUUUAAAUGGAAAAUUAGUUAUACAGAUAUCAAUGAUCAUGACUAUUCCCCAACCCGUGAUAGAAAAUCAGCUACAACAUUGUCUUGUCCCUUAAUAUAAUCUAUGUCAAAAACAAAUUCCUGCAAUGCUAAUGCCCAUCUGCAAAUUCUUGGGUUAGCAAAAUUUGAUCUUGUAAUAUUUUAAGGCCCAGCCUAAUUGUGUCAUAUCGCGUGGGGUAGCGAUGAACACGUGGGGAAGCGAUGGAGAGAGUGGAGCCAGCGGGUCUCACAAAGGUGAGGACCAGCGGGUCUCAACAGGGCCAUAUCCUAUAUAAAUAUAAUCUUUCGCUCUUUUUAUUUGUCAUCAUCUUUUGCAUUACCACAUCCUAUGGAAACCAUUGACCUUAUUCGGGGGCAAGCAAAUUUUGUAAUUUAAAAUAAUGUGCAUUUCAAUAAAUCUUAGGAAUACUUUUUUUUAUUGUUGAGCCACUUUGUAAUUUCAGUUUUUUAAUUUUUUUAAAGUCUAAGUUGACCCAUUGUUAAGAUAAUGUUUCGCAAACCAGAUUCUCUUAAUUUAAACAUUCGAACAUUAAGUUUUUAUAAUUAUUUAAUUAAAUCAGUAUCCUAAAGAUAUUAUAAUUUAUAUUAAUGUAACGGAAGAUGUUAAAAAAUGUUAUAUUUUAGAGCUCUGUUAGUUAAUUUAAAAAUUAGGUCAACGUGUAUUUAACUCCAAAUUCAUAAAAAAUUUAAAGUAUUAUACAUUAUCUUUCAAAUCUUAAUUUUUUAACUACUUUAAAUAGUCCAUUGUUGCUCUUUCAUUUUUUUUUAUGUAAACAGAAUAAAUUUGAACCUGUUCUGAUUUCUUGUACAUUGUUACUUGAUUUAGGGAGAUGCAGGGCUCACAGGGAGAAAAAUCAUUGUGGACACUUACGGAGGAUGGGGGGCUCAUGGUGGAGGGGCUCUGUCUGGGAAAGAUGGUGCAAAAAUUGAAAGAUGUGGCUCAUACGCUGCCAGAUGGGUGGCCAAGUCUCUAGUGAAAGCCGGUUUAUGUCGGCGGGUAUUGGUUCAGGUGAAAGAAUAUUUUGCUAUAGGAUGUUUUUAGCAAAAGAUUAUUUGCAUGCUGUUUUACAUCACUUAGUAACAACUGGAGAGUUAACGUAUUCAUAUAUUCUUAAACUUCACAUUUUUAUUGUGCUUGAAAUCAUUUUAGUCUGUUAUACUAAGAAGUUAGAUAAAAUAAUUUUGUUAAUUAUUUUAUUUUUAUGAAAUGAGGAUAUAACUUUUUGCUUAUAUAUUUAAUAAGCCAUUCAAUUAUUAUUAUUAUUUUUAUGCUGAUUUUGAUUUGUCAGAUCUCAUAUGCCACGGGUAUUGCUGAACCUUUGUCUAUAUCAGUAUUCAAUUUUGGGACUUCUAGCAAAAGUGAACAAGAAUUGCUACAAAUUAUCCAGAAUAAUUUUGAUCUCAGGCCAGGGAAGAUUGUGAAGUGAGUAUUUAAGUAUAUUCUUUAGUUGUACAGACUCAAAGUGUUCAAGUUAAAUUUAUUUAAACAUGUUGCAUGUUAAAUAAUGUAGUAAUAAUUAAAUACAUCUUGUGUUGUCUUGAGCUGAAUACUAUUCUCAUUAUUGAAUUGACCACUUCAUAAGAACUUCAGACAAACAUAUUAAGUGUUAUACAAUGUUAGGAUAAUGGAUAAUGAAUGGUUAAUAUGUUGAACUCAAUUUCUUUGACCAAAUUAAAAUAGGGGAAUUUUGAAUUAUUUUAGUCCAUUCUUGAAAGAGCUUUUGAAAUGAUUCCCAUGAAAUAUUUUGCUGAAAGAUGGACAAAUUUAAGGCUGAAUAACUAGAUUACAUCAAGGAACACUCCAACUAGGCAUUUUUGCUUGUAACAUGUCUUUUCAAGUUCUUAAAAAAGGACUGAUUUCAAUAACACAUAAAAAAUGUUAUUAAGUAAUGGCAAAUAUGAAAAGUGUGUGGCUGAAAGACAUUUGAAUUAACUUUGUCAAAAACUUAUCGGUGAUCUUUCUGUGUAUGUGACAUCUUAUUUUUUUUAAUCUUUCUUUUAGUGAUUUGAAUCUCAGGACACCAAUCUUCAAAAAGACAGCCUGCUACGGUCAUUUUGGACGGGAUGACUUCCCGUGGGAGCAGCCCAAAGAAUUGAUCUAUUGAUUUAUUUAUAGCUGAACAUUUUACAAAAAACAAAACAUAUUGAAAGUAAAAAAAAAUACUAUGAAUGAAGGGAGCUGGGAAAGCCUUCUUGACCUAUAACCCUAUUUUUAAAAGCAUUGUUUUUUUGUUUUUUUUACAUAGGAGUUUUUCUAUUGAGUACUGCUAAGCAGAAGGAAGUGAUCAAAAUGUAUGAAUUUAAAAUUUUUUUAUGUUGAAUAGCAUAGUGAAAAUCAUACAUGUACAGUAGCUCAAUUCAAACACGAGUUACUAAAACAUAGAACUACAUAGUAACAUACAAAUCUCAGUGAUAUUUACAACUGAAUUAGUUUAAACUUAAUAUCUAUAUCUAUCAGUGACUGAAUGUCAGGCACCAAUGGUCAGUGAAUUGGAUGUCCACCUUCAUAUAUCCAUUAAAAAGUGCCCUAAAUUUACUUAUUUCAUUCAUGAAAUUCGUUUCAGACACUUAUUCAAAUCUUAUCACAGACAUAUCUUAUCUAAUCAUGUUUUAAAAUAUUCUACUUCCCCCAGACCUAUUGUCCUACUUCUCUCAGUCCUAUUGUCCUACUUCUCUCAGUCCAAUUGUCCUACUUCUCUCAUUCCUAUUGUCCUACUCCCCUCAGUCCUCUUGCCUUACUUCUCCCUAGUCCCAUUGUCCUACUUCCCCCAGUCCUCUUGCCUUACUUAUCCUUAGUCCUACUUCCCCCAGUCCUCUUACUUUACUUCUUCAUAUUCCUCUUGCCCUACUCCCCUCAGUCCUCUUGCCUUACUUCACCCUAGACAUUUUUUGCCCCAGUCCUCUUGCCCUACUUCCCUCAGUCCUUUCGCGAAACGUGUGCUGUGUGCUGUGACACUUGGAAUGAUAUGAAGCCAUUCCAUUCAAACUUUCAAUUAAUUUACUCUAUGUAUUCAAGUUGCCAUACUAUUUUAUUUAUCUGCCUAUGUUAUCACAUUCAAAGUUUCAAUUAUGAUCUUUUUUUUUCAGUAGACACUUGUCAGAACAAAACUGUAAAAAUAAAUAUAAACAAUCAGAUUUAUAAAUAUUAUUAUUAGAAGUUGAUUAAAGUAUAAUUUGAUCUACUUUAGGAUUGCUAUUUGCUUUUAUUUCUUUCCAGUCAUAAUUUUGUGUCCUUUUUCCAUAUUUACUUUUAUUAUUGAUAUUUCCUUGUCUGAUUACAGUAAGAAGCUAAAGGUUCAAUAAAUGAACUGACUUUAGGAACAACUUUUUAAAAAGAUCUGGUGAAGGAAUCACAAUCUCUAACUGAUGCUAUUGUUAAUGUAAUCUCCAUCUGAUGAUAGUGUUGACAUCUUCUUGUCAUGUGUUAUUUUUUUAGUUUACCUUUAUUGGAUUGUUUUAAAUUUGAUUUCCACUCUGGUUACACUCUAUCACACCUGGUCACUUUGUAUCACCUGGUUACAUUCUAUCACCUGGUCACUUUGUAUCACCUGGUCACUUUGUAUCACCUGGUCACUUUGUAUCACCUGUUCACAUUGUAUCACCUGGUCACAUUGUAUCACCUGGUCACAUUGUAUCACCUGGUUACUUGGUAAUAUUUUGCUUGGUAGAUUUUUAUUAUAAACAUUUAUUUAUUUUAAUGUCAAAGACAUUUUGUUAUGGUUCUUAAACUUAAAGAAAGCUUUGCUGAAACUUUUAUAAUGCUGUAUCAUUUUAUAAUUCAUCCAAUGAGUAACAUCAAAUUAUAAUGAGAUGCCUCCAUUUUAAAGUGAAAACUUCCAAUUAAUGUUUAGUUUAAAAUGAGUCCAAAACCAGUUUAGAGUCUGCUCCAUUAUAGGAUUUAAACCUCAUCAGUAACACUGCACACAAAUCCUUGUGUAACAGGGCCACUGGUUAAAGUUGGUUUGGUUUCACAGCAUACUCUUUCACGCAAGUGAAACUUGGACCUUAACAAAAAUGGCGGAAAAUCUAUUAAACACAUGGGAGAGAAAGGUUCUCCGGAAAAUAUAUGGACCAACAAAGGAUGAAUACGGAUGGAGGAUGGAGAAUAUGAAUCAACCAGAGGAGUGAAGAAUGCCAAAUGAUAGAGGAGUGAAGAGGGUACAUCACCAAAACCCCAGAUGAAAACGGCUCAAGGGCAGACUUAGGCUUAGAUGGAUGGAUGAUGUGGAAAAAGAUCUACAGCAGCUAGGAAUCCAAGCAUGGAAAAGAAAAGCAUUAGUUAGGUCUGAGUGGAAGGAAGUAGUGAGGCAGGCCAAAGCCCUACAUGGGCAGUAGCGCUACAGAAGUGGAUGGAUGGAUUCACAGCAUUUUAUUUAAGACUCAGUUUAGUUUCAGGCCGGGUCAGUGGAAAAGUUCUCUAGUUUUUGUAACCUAUAUCUUUAGCACUUGAAAUAUUGAUUCAAUUAAUGGAUUUUUUUAGUCUCCGGAAAAUGAUCUUUUAGCUAUUCAUCACUUCACUUGUCUGUACUGAGGUCAGGCAAGAAAUUCAAUACACUUGUCAUUGUAAUAUUGUUUAUUUUGAUGCUUUAUAGCAGCCAGUCCUCUUGUUGUUGCUAAUUACUAUCACUGUGCUUAGGGAGCUUUCAUGCAAAAUUAUUUGUCAUUUUAAUGGUUUUAUUCAAAUCAGAGAAUAUAACUUUUUAUUAUUGAUGAAAGAAUGUCACCUAAAUGUUUUGGAAAUGAAUAUUUAAUUAGAACAUUGUACCAGUAUAAGGCAUGUCCAAACGUUAAAAUAUCGAAUGAACAUUUAUAACAAAUGCCACUAUAUACUACUAUAUGGAUAUCAUUGUCUGAAAAAUAUAAUUUAUUUAGACUGGAAUUAAAAGUUUAUUGCUAAAAAA